AUGUCACAGGUAAAAAGAGCCAAUGAGAAUUGCGAGGCCUCAAGGUUCAUCAAGAAACACAAAAAACAGGUUACAAACCCCAUUGAUGAUAAAAAUGGGACUUCUAAUUGUAUAGUGCGUGUUCCCAUCGCUCUCUACGUUUCUCUGGCACCAAUGUAUCUAGAAAACCCUUUGCAAGGUAUCAUGAAGCAGCAUUUAAACCCAUUAGUAAUGAAAUAUAACAACAAAGUUGGAGGUGUUGUGCUAGGUUACGAAGGCUUAAAGAUUCUUAAUGCCGAUCCUUUGAGCAAAGAAGAUACAUCAGAAAAACUGAUAAAAGUUACACCAGACACCCCGUUCAGUUUCACUUGGUGUCAUGUAAAUCUAUAUGUUUGGCAACCACAAGUUGGGGACGUCCUGGAAGGUUACAUUUUCAUUCAAUCAGCUUCACAUAUUGGUCUUUUGAUUCAUGAUGCAUUUAAUGCUAGUAUCAAGAAAAACAAUAUUCCUAUGGAUUGGACCUUUGUCCACAACGAUGUGGAAGAAGAUGCAGACGUGGUAAACGUAGAUGAAAAUAAUGGUAACAAUAAUAGCGAAGAUAACAAGGAUAACAAUGGUAGAAACAACAGUCUGGGCAAAUUUUCUUUUGGCAACAGGUCUUUAGGUCACUGGGUAGAUUCUAAUGGUGAACCUAUCGACGGAAAAUUAAGGUUCACAGUGAGAAAUGUCUACACUACGGGAAGAGUUGUAUCUGUGGAUGGUACUUUAAUAAGCGAUGCUGAUGAAGAAGGUAAUAGUCAUAACGGCACCCGUUCCCAAGCUGAGAGUCUCCCUAUAGUGUCAAACAAAAAGAUUGUAUUUGAUGAUGAAGUUUCUACCGAAAACAAGGAGAGCCAUAAGGAGCUAGAUUUACCAGAAGUGAAAGAAGACAACGGUUCUGAAAUUGUAUAUGAGGAAAAUACCAGCGAAAGCGAUGAAGAUGAAUCAAGUGAUAGUGAUUAG